AUGGAGAGGAAACCAGGAUUGAUGACAAUCUCACACCCAACAACCCCACACCCAACAACCCCAAACUGGAAAAUCCCACACCUAACAACCCCACAUCCGACAACCCCACACCCAACAACCCCACACCCGACAACCCCACACCAAACAACCCCAUACCCAACAACCCCAAACCAGAAAAUCCCACACCCAACAACCCACACCCGACAACCCCACAACAAACAACCCCAUACCCAACAACCACACACCCAACAACCCCACACCCGACAACCCCACACCCAACAACCCCACACCCAACAACCCCAUACCCGACAACCCCAUACCCGACAACCCCACACCCGACAACCCACACCAAACAAUCCCAUACCCAACAACCACACACCCAACAACCCCACACCCGACAACCCACACCCAACAACCCCACUACCGACAACCCCACACCCAACAACCCCAUACCCAACAACCCCAUACCCGACAACCCCACACCCGACAACCCCACACCCAAACAAUCCCAUACCCAACAACCACACACCUGACAAUCUCACACCCAACAACCCCACACCCAACAACCCCACACCCAACAACCCCACACCCCAACACCCCACACCGACAACCCCACACCCCACAACAACCCCACACCCAACAACCCCAUACCCAACAAACCCCAUACCCAACAACCCCACACCCGACAACCCACACCAAACAACCCCAUACCCAACACACAACAACCACACCCAACACAACCCCACACCCAACAACCCCACACCCAACAACCCCACACCCGACAACCCCACAACCAACAACCCCACACCCGACAACCCACACCCAAACAACCCCACACCCAACAACCCCACACCCGACAAACCCCACACCAAACAACCCCAUACCCAACAACCACACACCAACAACCCACCCAACAACCCCAAACCGGAAAAUCCCACACCCAACAACCCCACACCCAACAACCCCACACCCGACAACCUCACACCAAACAACCCCAUACCCAACAACCCCAAACCGGAAAAUCCCACACCCAACAACCCCACACCCAAAAACCCCACACCGGAAAAUCCCACACCCAACAACCCCACACCCAACAACCCCACAUCCGACAACCCCACAACCGACAAUCCCACACCCUUCAAUCUCACAUCCAACAACCCCCACACCUGA